AUGAACUUAACAUGGGACUCCAACAAUGCGAUCAAUCAACGCGUGAACAAUUCCGACUCGUCUCAGAACACGGCGACCACGUCCACAUCGUCCACGCGUGUACUUACUCAAACGCAGCUUGUCGCUGUUCCUGGCUCCGUCGCAGCAGCAUCUGGAGAACACGUAGAAGAGUUCGAUAUCGACGACGAAUUUUCGUCGCUGAAUUCGAAAUUGACGACUGGGAAAAUAUCCUUAGAUAUUUCUCUACAAAAGGACACACAAUCCAAGACUGCAAAGGCUCAUGUCCUUAUGGAGGACUAUGUUUACGAACUCAAGAUGUACAAGAAGGAGGAUAUACGCAAUCUAGACAAGUCUCAAUGGUACACCCGUGUCCACGUCAAAGCGGUGGGGACAGUGAAACGAGAUCAUCCGACCAAGAAGAAACUGGACGGACUGGUUGGCGAUCUCAUGGCCGAUUUAAAAACCAAAUCAAAUCUGCGAAUGGAGAAGACGUUCACUUAUGGCCAAAAACAUUAGACGAUUUAUUACUAACAUAUCCGUGCUGCCCGCCAGACGCCUUUUUUAACAUUAAAGAAUUUUACGAUAAUCCCAAAUUAAAUUACUUAGACGAAUCGUCUAAAAAAGUUCGAGUCGCCUUGCGCAAUUGGUGUGCCCGUAUUGCCGAAUGGUCCAUAUCUGAUUUCGAUAAAUUUUAUAACGCACCAGGUGUAUUUCCUUAUUUUAAUGCUUAUGCUCGUCAACACGAUCAAGUGUAUUACGACGUUAAUUUUUCAGUGAAAAUAGCCAAUGAUUUAUUAGAAUUACAAUGAGUACGAGCAAUCCCCGUGUAGUCUUUAUGAAAAGAGUCGUAAAUCUUGCUUUAAAUAAUUGCACCAACCAUCUUGCACCCAGACACACAUUAAAUACCAUAAUAACUGAAGUAAAUUCAGAGUUAAUUAUAAAAUUUGAUGACCAUUAUUUGAGAAGCAUUGAAAAAGAUAUUACAAAUUUAAUGAGGGAACUUUAUGGGUCCUUACGACCAUACAACAUCUCAAUGGCACUCGUAAACGCCGCCAUAGAGGGGGAUAGCUUAUUAGAUCCAAUUUUUGAACAUGAAAAUACGACAGAUAAAGCGAAAUAUUUUACUAAAGUACUAAAAAUAGCAUUUGAAAAUUGCACUAUUUAUAGAAGAAGACGAUUCGUAUCUAAUACUGCUGGGUCAGAUUUAUUGGAAAACAGAGGAUUGCUUAGAGAAUACGCCGUUAAGUUGUAUAACGAAUAUAU